AGAAUCGUUUUCGCAGGUUGAAUAGUAAGUACUCUGAUCUUUCGUUAUAAUAAUUUUGAAUUAUAUAGGUUACUUAAUUGUGUCUCCUUGAUAUAAUGACAAUACAUUAUUCAAAAAGAUAUAUUAGUAUACUAACCUAAAAAUAGUCUACGAUAAAUUUGAAUGAAUCAUUGUUUACCGCAAUCUAGUAAUACUAAUGAAGUAAUAGGUUAGUUCAUAAUUUUGUUUGACUAUUAUAAUUCAAAUGAUGGCAACUUGCUCCUAUUUUUCACACUUUCAACCUUCCUUAUCAGUCAGUGCGUGUCCUAAGACUGCUGCUAUAGCAAUAAAGAGGGAAAGAGAAAUCAAGAUUAAGGAAGAAGAGGAAAGAAAUUGUUGGGUAAACGCGCGAGCCGAAAUGUUAUGCACGAUGGAAUCGACAACGAAACAGACCCAGCUUAUAAUAGGAUCAGCGGCGGGUGUCCUGUCUGGAUACUUGGCCAAGGAAUGGGGUAAAGGUUGGGGAGUGGCCGUUGGAGUCGCCUUGUUCGCGAUAAGAUUGGCCGGGUACAUCAGGAACAGGACGAAUCCUUGCAGCCUUUGCAGGAUCAAACCCGAGAUAGAUUGCUUCGGAUAUUAUCUGGAAGAAAUGAUGGCCUUCUACGACAGGAAUAUCUUCGUCGUACCUGGAUUCAUCGGAGGAUUCAUCAUAGCCUACAGGAUGUCGGAGUCUUCUGAUGAUUAUAGAUAAGGGCUACCAACAUGUAUAGGAUGAUUAUUGUUAUCAUGUGAAGUUACGAUAAAUAUACUAUUUAAAGGAAUAAAAUUGUUAUCUUAAGUUGUCUUGUUAAAAUCAGAUUUUUU